AUGGCGACGGUGGAUCUCCCGCUGGACGCACUAUUUGUAAUGGUUGUGGCCUUUUACCUCACACACAACACGUCCGCGCUCUACGGGCCUAAAACCCUCGAGCAUUUGGCCAAACUCAGCCGCCUGGUCCUGAAAGUUCCACGCCAGCGAAGUACGGCAUCUCCGACCGCUUCAACAGUGUGUCGGCACCGGCACAAAGCCUGUGGCAGCCACAAGCAUAUCAUAUCGGGUACCGGAGCACACCACUGCCUGGUCUGGGGUUCGGGUUUUUGUGGGAUGGACCUUUUGAAUGCGAGGAGCGAUGACGUCGCAUCUUUUCGCGUCAUCAACGAAUUGAACGAUCAUGCUGGCAUUAGUGAGACGGCAGAGCCCCAAGCCGCCGACAGAGACGAGUUGAAGAAGAAAAGGGACGCGAUCAUUGCCGCUCAGAUUGUUCUCGUCCUCGCUUGCAACGAGCCCAACAGAUCCGACAACUCCCCCCCACCCAGGCUCAAGAAUACGGCGAACAGCAUUCUCCAAGAAGACCCCAAAGUGAAGAAUGUCAAGAUCGUGGCAGCACACCAGCUGAAGAGUGGGAAUGUCGCAGUCAUCACAGAGGAAGGAGAUGGCGACACCUCCAUAUAUGACAAACCGAAGCGUUCUCGCAAGAAGGAGACUGUUCAAGACAAAGAUGGACAAGCCAAGAAGGAACCCAAGGCCAAAGGGAAAGCCAAAGGGAAAGCCAAAGGUCGCCGUCUCCUUACAAAUGAGGCAGAUGACGAUAACGAACCUGUUCCAGAUCUUUCUGACUCCGACGACGAGUAUCCUGCACCCAAGAAACGCCGUCACAACAAUAGCAAGUCGAAGAAGAAAGAAGCCGUGGCCAAAGCGUCUACGACCCUACCUGAUGCAGCCAUCUCUUCUGCCGUCUCGCCGAUCCAGUCUCCAGGUGCAGACAAGAACGUUACUGUUAAGCUUGAGGAAGAAGAGCUGGCUGGCCCUGCUCAUCGCACUCGCGGUAUCAAGCGUGACUAUUCUGUCAUUGCGGCUCCUUCCGAUAGUGACGCUGAAUUCGAUGAGGAAGUCCCGCCAAACAUGGACGAAGACCUUGAAGGCGUUUAUGGAGGCAUUGGAAUCGAUGAUGAGACUGCUCACAGUGGUACCAUCACUGACGAUAUGGAUGAUAUGGAUGAUAUGGACGAAGCGUCAAGCGAAGUGUCAACUAACGCCACCGGAUUCACGCCCCUAUGCAUAAUCUGCAAAGGUUCCCACACGGCGUGGAGCUCCGCCUGCUCGGGCGAGAUGGAAAGAAAUAGCAUAAGCCAAUUGACACAGCCGAGCGAAGACGCGAGCUCCCGCCACCAACCGGACGCCGACUCGAGGAUCUUAAGGAGGACGAGACAACGAACACGAGUCAUCUGCCCUCCAUGA